AUGGGAAAUGUUACAUCAAACGUGGCAGCGAAAUUCGCGUUCUUCCCGCCAGACCCAGCAACAUACGAUGUGUACAGGGAGGAGGACGGGAGGAUCGUGUUCUCUGGUGUCACCGCCGACAAGAACAUGGAGGUGCAUUUGUUAGAGACCAAGGCAGGUAACAAGGUUGUCGCGACCUUCUGGAAACACCCAUUUGCGAGGUUCACGGUGUUGUACUCCCAUGGCAAUGCUGCUGACCUUGGUCAGAUGCACGAACUCUUCAUUGAGCUUAGGGCGCACCUUCGUGUCAAUAUCAUGAGCUAUGAUUAUUCUGGUUACGGAGCAUCCACUGGCAAGCCAUCUGAGUUCAACACCUACCAUGACAUAGAGGCUGUGUACAAUUGUUUGAAGAGAGACUACGGAAUUAAGCAGGAGGAAUUGAUUUUGUAUGGCCAAUCUGUUGGAAGUGGGCCAACACUGCACCUAGGCUCUCGUUUGCAGAAGUUGAGAGGUGUUGUUCUUCACAGUGCCAUUCUGUCGGGCAUACGAGUCUUAUAUCCUGUAAAGAUGACAUUCUGGUUCGACAUUUUUAAAAACAUAGACAAAAUCCGGCACGUCAGCUGUCCCGUUCUGGUUAUACAUGGAACGAAUGAUGACAUUGUAGACUGGUCUCACGGAAAACGCUUGUGGGAACUAUCAAAGGAGAAGUAUGAUCCGUUAUGGGUGAAAGGUGGUGGACACUGCAACCUGGAAACUUAUCCGGAGUACAUCAAGCACUUGAGAAAAUACAUAAAUGCAAUGGAGAAACUCGCCCUCACGAAUCCACCAACAAAACAACUCACUCAAAACCCAAGCAUUGAAGUUAAACAAAACAAGUGCUUGAGAUUUGGGAAAAGAUAGUUCAUCGCCAAAACGAGUUAGUGAAUGUAAAGUUUCAGGUAGUUUAAUUUAAUGGCAGGUCGAGCGACCAAUCUCCGAAGAAACAGGUACCAAUGCUUGAUUUUUGAUUGUGGUGGUUCCCAAAUUGAUGGGAAAAUAUAAAAUGCUUGUCUUUGUCAUGUUUGGAUAAUCCCCCAUUUUUGAAGUAGGACUCAGCUGCAUCAUGUCAUGAGGAAUGUGUGUUUCCUGGUGUGGAAUUCUUGUGUAAUUUAUCAAAAGUUGAAUCAUCAUGUCCAUAAAGCAAGAAUAUGUGCCUCACUUUCUCUCUU